AUGGAUGGCAAGGACGCCCGCGUGAUUGAGAACUCCGAGGGUGCCCGCACCACCCCGUCGGUGGUUGCCUUCACCGAGGACGGUGAGCGCCUGGUGGGCCAGCCCGCCAAGCGCCAGGCCGUUACCAACCCUGCCAACACGCUCAGCGCUACGAAGCGUCUUAUUGGCCGCCGCUUUGAGGACCCCGAGACCCAGAAGGACAUGGAGACCUCGAGCUACAAGAUUGUCAAGGCGCCCAAUGGCGAUGCCUGGGUCCAUGCUGGCGGCAAGGACUACUCUCCUUCGCAGAUUGGUGCCUUUGUCCUCACCAAGAUGAAGGAAACGGCCGAGGCGUACCUCGGUGGCUCGGUCAAGAACGCCGUCAUCACCGUGCCUGCCUACUUCAACGACAGCCAGCGCCAGGCCACCCGCGACGCCGGUGAGAUUUCAGGCCUGAACGUGCUUCGCGUCAUCAACGAGCCCACCGCUGCCGCCCUGGCCUACGGUCUGGACAAGCAGGAGGACAAGACCGUCGUCGUCUAUGAUCUGGGUGGUGGCACCUUUGAUGUGUCCAUCCUGGAGAUUCAGUCUGGUGUCUUUGAGGUCAAGGCCACCAACGGAGAUACCUUCCUGGGUGGUGAGGACUUUGACAACACGCUCGUCAACUUCUUCAUUGAGCAGUUCAAGAAGGACCAGGGCAUUGACCUGCGCAAGGACAACAUGGCUCUGCAGCGCCUCCGCGAGGCUGCCGAGAAGGCCAAAAUUGAGCUUUCCUCCUCCAUGCAGACGGACAUUAACCUUCCCUACAUCACCGUGGACCAGACUGGUCCCAAGCACUUGAACAUGAAGCUGAGCCGUGCCAAGUUUGAGUCGAUUGUGGAUGAGCUUGUGCAGCGCACCGUUUCGCCCUGCCAAAAGUGCCUGUCGGAUGCCAAGAUGAGCAAGAGCGACAUUGGUGAGGUUAUCCUUGUUGGUGGCAUGACGCGUAUGCCCAAGGUUCAGUCGACUGUCGAGAGCAUCUUUGGCCGUUCCCCGUCCAAGGGUGUCAACCCCGACGAGGCCGUCGCCAUGGGUGCCGCCAUUCAGGGCGGUGUCCUGGCUGGCGAAGUCAGCGAUGUGCUCCUCCUUGACGUGACUCCUCUUUCCCUGGGCAUUGAGACGCUGGGUGGCGUCUUCACCAAGCUCAUUGGCCGCAACACCACCAUUCCCACCAAGAAGUCGCAGGUCUUCUCCACCGCUGCUGAUGGUCAGACCACCGUUGAGAUUAAGGUGCUCCAGGGCGAGCGUGAGAUGGCUGCGGACAACCAGGAGCUCGGUCGCUUCUCGCUCGUUGGUGUGCCCCCGGCGCCCCGCGGCACCCCCCAGAUUGAGGUUACCUUCGACAUUGACGCCAACGGUAUUGUGAACGUGUCCGCCAAGGACAAGGGUACUGGCAAGGAGCAGCAGAUUGUGAUCCAGUCUUCGGGUGGUCUGUCUAAGGAUCAGAUUGAGCAGAUGGUCCGUGACGCCGAGACUCACGCCGAGCAGGACAAGGAACGUAAGGAUGCCAUUGAGGCUGUCAACGCGGCCGAGAGCAUGAUUCACACGACCGAGAAGAACCUGGAGGACUUUAAGGACGAUGUUGAGCCCGAGGCCGCUUCGUCCAUCCGCGAGCACAUUGCCAAGCUGCGUGAUGCCCUCAACGCUGAGGAGAAGAACGCCGAGGAGAUUCGUCAGCUCUCAGGCGACCUGGCUUGCAAGCCUUUGUCGAGGGAAUGCAAGUUAUUUUCAGGUUCGUUUUGGGUACAAAAUGAGUCUAAACCUGGUUCAGAUUUGGUCCAGCGAGCUGGUGGCUCGGGUAUAUGGUUUUGCAAGGUGCAGCAAGCUUAA